AAUCACCAAUUGUCUGUGUUGGUUUAUUUUUUUUUUUCAUAUAUGUAUAUUAAAAAGAAGACACACACACACAAGUGUAAUGUGUCAAAGUCAGUUGUCAACAUUGUCAAUUGACUGGAGUAAAAAAAUAAUAGAUAAUUCGCAAGAUUGGCAAUUUGGUACAUUGAUAGGGGUGGAGAAAAUUAUUCUGGUGCUCUCUGAUUGCGUAUUAAAUAAACAGCUUGUUACAGUCGAAAAAUAUUAAAUAACAAAACAGGAAGAGUCUAUUAUUUAUAUUGUUAAAUUAAUUGUAUUAAUGUUUAUAAUUUGAGAUAUUUAUUUGUUAAAAUAUGUCAAAAAUCGAAGAGGGAAAUGCGCACAUUCGCGCAGCUGAAAAAAGUUUGAAGACUACUUUACUAAAGUGGAAACCUGAUUAUGAAGUUGCUGCUGAUUCUUAUAAUCAAGCUGCAACUUGUUUUAGAAUUGGAAAAUCAUUAAAACAAUGCAAAGAUGCAUUAUUAAAAUGUGCUGAUUGUUACAAAGAAAAUCGAUCAUGGUUUCAUGCAGCCAAGAGCUUGGAACAGGUGAUUUUGAUCACAAGAGAUUUAGGGGAUUUAUCAGAGAUACCAGCUCUUGCUCACAGAUCAUGUUCACUGUAUCAGCAACAUGGUUCCCAAGAAUCUGGUGCAAAUGUUCUUGAUAAAGCUGGUAAAAUGUUGGAAACAAGUGAUCCAGAAGCAGCUUUACCAUUAUUUCAAAGAGCAGCUGAAAUAGUUAUGGGUGAAGAUAGUCCUAGACAAGCAGCCGAGUACCUGAGUCGAGUGGCAAGAAUACUAGUUAAACUUAAAAAAUUUGAUGAAGCAGCAAAUGCAAUACGUAGAGAAAUUGGUAUGCAUCAAAGAAUUGAACAUAUGCCAUCAGUUGGAAGACUUGCUGUUGUUUUGGUACUUGUACAAUUGGCGAGAGGUGAUCAAGUUGCUGCUGAAAAAGCAUUUAGAGAAUGGGGAAAUUGUUGUGAUGAUCCAGAGAUUCAAACAUUGGAAAUGUUACUUCAAGCAUACGACAAUGAAGAUGCAAAUGCAGCUCGUGCUGCAUUGAAUAGUCCAUUUAUAAAACACAUGGAUGUCGAGUAUGCUAAACUUGCAAGAGAUCUUCCAUUGCCACAACAAGAGUAUGCUGUUCCACCAGCUGGUGUUAUUGCAAAUGCAGCACCACCAUAUGUAUCACCAAAAAUUGAUCAACCAUCAAGCAGUACAGAGACUGUUGAAGCUGAAGUUAACAAUGACACAGAGACAAUUGAAAAAGCAAUGACAUCAACAACAUUAGAUGACAAAACACCAUCACCAUCAACAACACAAGAUGAAAAAAUUAACAAUGAAGAUGAAGAUUAUGAGGGUGGUUUAUGCUGAUUAAUUAAAUAAAUAAUAAUUUAAAUUACGAUUAUUUAUCAAGAGAUUAAUAAAUAUAUCAAUAGAAUGAUUUAUCUUGUUAAAAUUGCACACUAUUUUUGACAAUUUUAAUUGAUUAUUAUUGAAUUUGGCUUGGGCAAUAUGUCACAAUUGCAUUUAAAGCUUUGAAAUAAUAUUAUUAUUGUAUAUUCGCAGAUCCCUUGUCCAUAGUUGAUAUAAAAUAAAACAUUUAAUUUUCCCGUCAA